GGAAAUUGAAAGAUGGAGGCGGCCGUGUUCAUUUUCUCUCUCAUCGACUGCUGUGCAUUAAUCUUCCUUUCGGUGUACUUUAUCAUCACUCUUUCAGAUUUGGAAUGCGACUACAUCAAUGCACGAGCCUGUUGCUCGAAGUUGAAUAAAUGGGUCAUUCCAGAGCUGGUAGGCCAGACCUUGGCAACAGUCCUCAUGUUGGUCUCCAUGCACUGGUUCGUCUUCCUUCUUAACCUGCCAGUAGCAUCCUGGAAUGUCUACAGGUUUCUGAAGGUCCCUAUGGGCAACAUGGGGGUUUUUGACCCCACGGAGAUUCACAAUCGCGGGCAGCUUAAGUCUCACAUGAAGGAGGCUAUGAUCAAGCUGGGCUUCCACCUGCUCUGUUUCUUCAUUUACCUAUACAGCAUGAUACUGGCCCUGAUCAAUGACUGAUCCCCCUGACCUUUGACCUCCAAACUUGCCAAAUCACAACCUCUCCACCCUGCGCUGUAUUAGAUCAGAUCGAGGACCCCCUGGACAUCAGCACUCCAUCAUCUCUACUGUGUAGCCGUCAGGCCAUCUCUCCCCCCCUUUCUUCUGUUCUCCAAGAGUAUGUGAAUCAACUUGAUUAGAUUGUUCAGGUGGUCUCCCUUGUGUAUUUCUGAGUUUGAGUUUGAGUUUGAGUGUGCGUUUGGUUGUGUGAGUGAGUGUGAGUGUGAGAGACAAUGUAUGCGUGUCAUAUCAGUGUUGGUCGUACCAUUAUUCCACUAACUUGUUGCUGAAGCUGUAAACACACACAAACACACACACGCACACAGACAGACACACUAACACACACACACACACACACACACCACAGCUUCUCAGGGCCGUGGCAAAAUGACAAUCUACUCAUCUUAGCAUUUGAUUGGCCAACACACCGCCUCCAAGCCAAUCAGAACACUAAGACCAUCCUUAUGGAGCUGCCAGUAUUGUCCAUUACAUUCAGCUGCCCCCGGCUCUCCUCAAGCUGGACAACAACUCUUCGGUUAUGACUGCUGGAAUAUUCUUUUGUUUGUUUGUUUGUUUGUUUUGAUUGUUGUUGGUGACUUGAAAUGGGCGUGAAAUAUUAAACUAGCAACUUGCCAGCAAAGAUCAACAAAUGGGAAUAUAAUACUUUGUGGGUUUUUGUGCAUUUGUUGAGUUUUUGUUGUUGUUGUUUGUUUGUUUUUUUAACAUUUGCUAUGAUGCUGGCCUACCCACUGACUUAUUAAUUGUGCAUUUUAGCAGGGGAAGUGUAUUAAACUAAACUUAUGGGUUACUAUGUCGAUCCAAAGCUCAGUUAACCCUAUAGCUGAGUUAUGCUUAAGUUGCUGUGCUAAUCCAAUUUUUGUUGAAGUUGCCGUGUGCGUGUGUGAGUGAGAGAGAGAGAGUGUGUGUGUGUUCUAGUCAAACCAUCUGUGAUUACUCUGGCUUUUGUAUCAAACAGAAGAGCGGUGGUACAUGUUGAGCACUGAACCUUAAAGUCUUAGUAGAGUCAUAGUGGGUUUCAAAGGAUCCACUAGUGUUUGUGGAGGGAAAACCACUUUACUGAGGGGGUAGGCAGAAUGUGGUUUGGUUAUGUCAUCAAUUUUUUGACAACUCUUCAUACCAGAUUGGCACAAUGUAAAACACAGAAGUGUAAAACAUGGAUCUUUUUUUUUUUUAAUCCAAUAAUACUAUUUUAAUUUGGAAGAGAUUCUGUCUUUAUUGUGAGUUGAACCAGCAUGGGUACGGCUGUGCUAAUGUUAAAAUAUUUUAUUUGUGCUUUUUUUUUCUUUCUUCAGAAAGUGGUGUUUCUUUAAAAUAAAUCUAAAAACAUGCUGACCUUGA